GAAACCCAUCACCACCCCACCGCCAAAACACAAAAAAAACAACCUCCAAACUUCUUGAUUGGUUUUCGGUAGCCAUCUUCUUUGGCUUUCGGUUAAUUGAAAUAAUAAUCAGCCAAUCUAAGCCAAUCGAAAUCUCUGUCAUCCAUACAAAUGACCCGUGAGCAGAGCAGCCAAAGACAAAUUGCCUAGCCAAAUGCAUGGUACAUAUAGGUACAACAAAAAGAAGAAGAAGAAGAAACAACAACAACAACAAGUAGCAAAUACUGUUAUGUGCACUUUACAACAAUUGUGGCCAAAUGGGCCUUAAGAUUUCCAAGAGAUCCCAGAUUAUCUGUAAGUGUGUGUGUGUGUUUGUAAUCAAGUUUCAAUAUUUCCUUGAAGACCAGACCCGACCAUACCUCCAGUCAGCAAGUGAGUCUUUGCAAUUACAAUGCGUUCAAACUGAAGGCGCCGUCGCAGCUGAUGGCAGGGCAGGCGUGCGGGCGUUGAUGGUGUCGUUGAUGAGAAGACGAGUCUUGGUGGACGGCUUUCAAAGAGGUAUGGCUUUCUGUCUGUCUGUCUGUCUAUUGACUUGACUCAACUCUUGGCCUAAGACGGCCAAGCGACCGGCUGGCUGGCUAGCUGGCUGAUCUGGUCUCUGUGUGUGAGCUGCUGAACUGUAAACUUGUGUUUGGCUAAUGAUGAACUUUUUUUUUGUUGUUUUUUUGGUUGGUCGGUGGGUAUUUUUUCGGUUUUCAAUCUUGCUAUAAAGAGGGCUGUCGUGGCCUAUCAUUGGCAUUCAGUCGUCGGUUGCCUAGUUGAAAGCAACUCAAUUGCAUUUUAAUUUAAGUUUUCUUUCUCUCCCCUCAUUUACACACACACACGACUAUGAACUCCUUCUCCGUGCUCGUAGUGUUUGCUUUGGCUGCCCUGGCUGUGGCGGAACCACCAUCCGGUUAUAACUAUCAACGCAAUGGCGGAGGUGGUGGUGGUGGAUUUGGAGGUGGCGGCUUUGGUGGUGGCGGUUUCGGUGGUGGCGGCUUUGGCGGUGGUGGCUUCGGCGGUGGUGGUGGUGGCGGUUACCGCCAAGUGGCCAUUGGACCCCAGACCUAUGAGGGCCAAAACGUUGAUCCCCAACUUUUGGAACAGGUCCGUCAAAUCCUCUUGCAGGAAGAAAGCAAAUUGGGCGGUAGAGGUGGUGGUGGCGGCGGCGGCGGUGGUGGCUAUCCCAGUGCCCCAUCGGGUUCUUAUGGUGUGCCCUCCAGCCAAUAUGGUGCUCCCUUCGGUGGCGGCGGCGGUGGUGGCCGUGUUGUUGGCAUUGAUUUGGAAGGUGUACGUCAGGCCAUCCAGGUUGCCCAAUAUCUCCAGACCAGCACCCAGGCCGGUGGUGGCGGUGGAUUUGGUGGCUACAGCGGCGGCGGUGGUGGCUACAGCAGCGGCGGUGGUGGUGGCUUUGGCGGUGGUAUUCCAUCCGGCUCCUAUGGUGCCCCAUCCAGACCCAGUGGAAGCUAUGGUGCUCCCUUCUAAAUUUUUAGCCGUUUUAGCAUAAUGUAGUUAACAAAUCAAUCCAACCAACAAUGAAAUGCUGCCAAAAACAAAACAAUACUACUCCAAGGACCAAUUAAUGAGAACGAGCGCCGAUUUAAACAAAACGCCACACAAAUCAAACGGAUUAAAAUUACGAGAAAAUCCUCCAAAGCAGAGAAGUGAUGUUCGUUGCUAUUUUCCCCUUCAAGAAAAACAAAAAAACGGACUAUAGCAACCUAUUUUGCAUAUGGUGGCAAAUAGGUUUCUAUAGUUCAGCCAAGAAUUUUAAUCCAUUUGAUGCAAAAACUCAACCGGAUAACAAAAACACAUUGUGAACAACAACAACGUUUUUUUUCAUUUCCGCAAAUUCAAAUUGUCAAGAGAAGAGUGGGGGAGGGGAGUAGGAGACAUUCUCUCUCGCUCUCAGCUCCAUACUCACCAUUUGACAAUUUGUUUAUUUGCAUUUUCAUUUUCAAAAACCCCCUCCCAAUUUUUUCCACACUAUCCACACUGACACCUCAGUGACACCUCACGCUCUCUUGUUUCUUUGUAGUCCGAAGUGCACUCACGUUGAUCUCUUCUUGUCAUUUUUUCACAAUUUCUCUCAGCGUGCGUGCACGGUACUACAAUUGUAAAUAGUUUAUUUUUUUUAUAAAUAUUUUCUUUUUUGUUUUAGUUUUUAAGUAUUAUUUUGUAAUGUUAAAUAUUUUUUUAUGUGAAACAAACAAAAAAAGGAAAGAAAAGAAACUGAAAAAAAAUUUAAAAAAAAAAAAUAAUAAAAAUAGUAAAUUUUGUCACCGUUAAA